AUGGCACAAAUUGCUUCUAGUAUUCAGAUACAAGAAAAUCAAUCCAAAAGAACCGUCAAGGUUCAGAGGAAGUUCUCACCUUCAAUCAUAAGCAAAGGUAUGAACCUCGAGAUUAAUACCAAUGAAGUGCAUGCUGGAGACUGGAGGAAACCUUUGAUUGAUUACUUGUCCAAUCCAUCUCCAAUGGUAAACAAGAAAGUCAAAUACCAAGCUCCAAAUUUUGUGCUCCUGAAUAAUGAAUUGUUCCGAAGAUCCACUAAAGGCGUCCUCCUGAGGUGUCUCAGAAAUAAGAAAUAA